ACAGUUUUCUAGUGCGUCGACGUCGAGUAUUGGAUAACGUAAUAUUUUAUUAAUGCUUGUCUGGUAUCCAUAGUAUUUAGGCGUAAACUCAGUUAAUUUGUCUUGCAAUCAAUUUUGUCGAAGCGUAUAGAGAAGAUGGCUGCUCCACCAAUUUACAACCCUGUAAUCCCAUGCGUGCAUCCCAUCCCCGGGGGCAUGUACCCUGGCCGCAUGAUAAGGUUUCAAGGCAACGUGCCUCCCGGUGCGCAGAGAUUUGCGAUCAACCUCCAGUGCGGUCCGAACACGGACCCCCGCGACGAUAUAGCUUUGCAUCUCAACUUCCGUUUCGUCGAGAUGUGCGUGGUGCGGAACCAUCUCACCGCCAUGAACUGGGGUGUGGAGGAAACUGCUGGUGGUAUGCCACUGGUGAGGGGCGAGGCCUUCGAAGCCUUGGUGCUUUGCGAGCCACAGUCCUUGAAGAUUGCAUUGAAUGGUGUACACUUCUGCGAGUUUCCGCAUCGUAUUCCGUACCAGCGCAUAUCGCACUUGACAGUGGACGGUGACGUCAUGAUGCAAUUUGUGGGCUUCGAGGGAGCCCAAGCUCCACCUUCUCAGGUCUACAUGGCUGAGCCUCCCGCUUACGGUUCAUAUGGGGCCCCACCUCCAGUGUACGGGGCACCAGCGUAUGGUGCACCACAAGGCUUCUACUGAUGGCUUAUAGCGGUCGCAGCUAGUAUCUAAAUGUGCACUUUGAAGAGUUAAAGCGCGUCUCACAAAAAGUUCUUCGUACGUUUUGUUUGUUUUUAAAUAGUUUAUAAAGCAAAUUUCAUUAUAUAGUAUUGUAUAAAUUAUUAAGUGUGAUUGACAUUUUCUUCUUGUCUUUAAAGUUUAUUCUCAAGUAUUUCUCAUCCAAAAAUGUUGUAGCUUAUAGUUUUUAUAAUAUUAAACAUAUUUAUGAACAGGAGCAGAAUAGUGUAGGUAAAUUUUAACUGUCAAAUAUAAAACAUUUAUUAGAGUUUUGGUGAGAACUUGACAGCAGGCAGAUGUCGCUGCGGUAUUAUCGCUUAAAUGUUAAUUCAAAUGCCAUUUUUUGUUUGAAAUGUGUGUUAACAAUAAGUAAACGUGAUGAAUAAGUUCUACGAUGGUGACAUAACCUCAGUUAUUUUUACGCUUAUACCCCUUGAAAAACUAUAGUCAUCAACUGGCUGCUGUAUAAAGUUGCCGUUAAAAUCUCCCCAAAAAUUCAUUAACAAAAUACAUGUCAGAUUAGGCUGUAUGGGCUCAGAUUCCUUUGCCUUUAACUAUAAAACAAGCAUUUAAUAGAAGGUAGAAGCAGUAAUAGCUAAGUCCUAUUACUGCAUGGGUCGCUCUUGCAAAAUCGAAUACCGGAGCUUCUAAGUUUGCCCAUCUUAAAAUACCAGCGUCAAAAACCAGGGUUAAAAAUAUUGUAAUGUACUUUCUGUUGCAGUUAAUAAAUAAAUAAAUUUAUUUAUUUUUCAACUGCAUAACUAAUUUUAAAUACUUACACAUGCGAUUCUAAAUCUUGCGUAGGUAAUUGAUCCUUGAUGUCUAUAAAGUUUUAUAAAUAUUACCGAAUUAUUUUCCUUAUUUGCAUUGCAUAUAUCAGCGUAAAAUAGCAGCUUAAUGCUUCUGUGUUUCGUAUGGUGAGUGUAGAGAACCGGAUACCCUUUUUACUUGUAAUGAGGCAUUCCAGCUUAGUCCUCUGGGGUGAUAACGCAUCUUCAUUUUUAUUUUUAAUCGAGGAUACAUGUUGAUGUAUAUAAACCCACGGGAUGAUAUGGGGUAGUGGAUAUUCUUACACCGCCACUACACGGUGGUUGGCGUACUAAGAAGUAAAUAUAUUGUAAAAAUAAAAUAUAUUCUCCUAAAUAGGGCUUUUGACAAGAACUACAAUACCGGUGAGUAGAUCGCUGCUCUAAUAUUUUAAAUAAUGGUUUGAAGUAGAUUUUGAUAUAUCGUAUGUGAAUUUUUAGUAGAAAUGAUGUAACAAGUGCUUCGAUGGCGAUAUUUUUUUAAUCCGCUUAGGGGCUUUGAGGUAUUAUCGUCAUCAACUGUUGGUUGGGUUAACUGUCGUCAAAAUCUCUCAAAAACUUCGUAAUGUGACGCAUCUGCAUACUGUGAAGUUUUGUAAACGAAAUACUUUGAAAGAAUUAAUAGUGAAUAUAACAAGAUAUGUUUAUUGUUUCAAAUCCUAAGCAUUAUAGAUUUGCAAGCUUUUAGCACGGUGCUAAUGUUCUAUAUGUUAUAAUAAUGUGUAUUAUAGUUAUUAAGAGUAUUAGAGUAAAGGAAAAAUCGCUGGUUGCCAAAUAAAGUGCGUUAUGGACGGAAAAAACGCUAUAUCUGGCGCAAAAAGUAGUAAGUUAGCAGCGCUAAGCAUGUAAAACAUCUAAUUGUGCUGUUUCAUUUAAGGCGUUACUUUGUCUUCCUUACCGUCUAUAAUAUAAAAAUGUGAUUUUAAUCAUCUCUAGAAGUUUAUCUAGAGACAAUAAAAAUUGCUUCGCCACGUCCAUCGCGCUCCCGCUCAUUUGUAACAGUGCGUUGAAUUACGGCGCUAGCUAGAAACUUACAAAACUUCCUAUUUUGGCAAAAACCUAAUAUUUCGCCGAAGGUGUUUUUUUUACCAAAGGCGAGGCAGCCUAAGUUUCAAUCGUACACUACUUAAUUUACGUAUUUUCUUUAAUAUUUUUUAAAAAUAUUUGCAUAAUUCAAGCGUCAUUUUAAGGCGUUCCCGCCAUUUUGUAAUGGAUGUGCCUUGCCACGAUUUUCCUACUUUGAUGUUAGAGUUGUUUUAAUGACAGUUAAAAUUUAAUAUUGAGGCAUGGUUUAUAAGAAUAAAUCUCGCUUAUUAUAAAAAGUGGUUUAUAAUUAGUGUCUGGCUUAAAUUAGAGUCUGUUUCAAUAAAGAAGUCCUGUGGAAAAUAUGCAAAAAUGGAAGGUAUGGAAUUUGACAGCAAAUGUCAAAGUUUUCGAAGACAGGCGCCGCGGCUGACAAAUUGUCGUAGCACUUCUAUAGUGACAUAGACCAAAGACUUCUAUGUAUAUACAGACUUCUAUGUAUAAGUAGCGGCACGAUAGUCUAUGGGUGACCGUUAUUGCGCAUAAGUCGCGCUGAUUGGCUCUCCAGACGCAUUCGUGGAAUUCAAUUGGUGCGCGUCUCCUCCGCGUUUCGUUCAGCGCUAGACUUACGUGCCGCGAUUUAUACAACUAGACUUGCAAUUCGUAAAUAUGUCACGCAGUUCUAAUUUUCAUCUAGGCAAAUACGAAGUAAAGUUAAAUGCACAUCUGAAAUAAAUUUUAAAUCACAUUGACAAAGUGCGCACAUAAAUAACGACACCGUUUUCUUAGUAAAAUUAAACAAAAUCACUGUUAGAUUGUCGAAAAUAACGUCCUCCCCGUAGUCGAUUAAAGCUAAAGGAGUUACGGAGACCGUAACAUAAUGCCUAAUAUACAUACAUAGAAGUAUUUGACAAAGACUCUUCUUUAUACCCGAGAUUAGCAAUAAAUUGCGUUCUGUACUAAGGAUGAAUAUAUUCUGUUAAUUGCCUACUAGGAAACUCCAUCCAAGACUAUAAAUGUAGUUAAAAGGUUGUUAUUUUAGUAAUAAAAUAUGUGACUAUAAUAAAAAUAAAUGUAUUUCGUGUUUUGGGGCAUUACAUUUUAUACACCUUAGGUUAUAAGUAUUUCGCGGUCAAAUUUUUUCUCAGUUUAGAUCAGUCGUCGAAUUGGUGCAUUUCAUGUUGUAUUAGUUGAGAAUUAAUUAUGUAUGAAUUAUAAAAAAAGAAUGUUUUAAUACAGAAUUGCAUUU